GCUUUAACUUGUAAGGGAAGUGUUCCUACAUUCUGAGUUAUCACGCAAGAACUUUGAAAUUUGGAUGUUCUCAAUGAAUUAUGCUACAGAAUUAACUAUCUGCAUCGUAGGCUUUCUUAUCAACCUCCAGCAACUUCCCUCUUCACCUGCUACCUGUCUGUGCAGUCUAGAUACCCAGUAUCGGCCUGAGACACAGGAAUGAGUCAUCCUCUGCCCAAACAGGUGGCAGUGGUCACACCCGCAGAAACAGUGUGAGGCGGGUUGCUGGCAGCACAAUAUAUAGCUCCAGGGGAAAAAGUCCAGUGACAGAGCAGCAUGGCUUCUGACAGAGGUCCUUCAGCUGGAGAUGCUACCUUGAGGAGAAGAAUUGAACCCUGGGAAUUUGAAGUCUCCUUUGACCCCCGAGAACUCUGUAAAGAGACCCGUCUGCUCUAUGAAAUCAAGUGGGGCAAGAGCCAGCGCAUCUGGCGACACUCGGGCAAAAACACCACCGAGCACGUUGAACGCAAUUUUAUAGAACAAAUUACUUCAGAAAGACGUUUUCACCGAUCCGUCAGUUGCUGCAUCAUCUGGUUCUUGUCCUGGAGUCCCUGCUGGGAAUGCUCCGAGGCUAUUCGGAAAUUUUUGAAUCAGCAUCCUAGAGUGACCCUGCUUAUUUACGUAGCACGGCUUUUCCAGCACAAGGAUCGGCGAAACCGGCAAGGACUCAGAGACCUGACUCACAGUGGUGUGACUAUCCAGAUUAUGGGACCCACAGAGUAUGAUUACUGCUGGAGGCAUUUUGUCAACUACGCACCUGGGAAAGAAGCUCACUGGCCAAGAUACCCCCCUCUGUUGAUGAAGCUGUAUGCACUGGAACUCCACUGCAUAAUUCUAGGUCUCCCUCCCUGUUUAAAUAUUUCAAGAUGUCAGAAUCAGCCGACCUUGUUCAGACUUAUUCCUCGAAAUUGCCAUUACCAAAUGAUUCCACCCCAUAUCCUUUUACAUACAGGGUUGAUACAACUUCCUUUGACUUGGAGAUGAAUAGAGUAUAUACUGUUUCAUGAACAGGAACUGAUGGACCACUAAAGAGUACCAUUAGAAUCGAGAAAUUUUACGUUUGCAUUUCUAGACACUAACAACAUGUUAUCUGGAAAAGAAAUUUAAAAAAAAAA